AUGCACCUCGGUAUCAUGAAGAGCCUGUUUGUCUUGGCAAUGGUGUUGGCUAUCAGCCAAGCACUUGAUGUUUCCGAAUCGGCAAACUCUCUCGGUACAGCGGCGAGUUUCGACAACGCCAUCGGCUCGAGUCGGUUCGACAUGGUCGCUCGAGCACCCAAAGGUGGCAAAGGCGGCCACAGUGGCGGAGAUGGUAGCAGCGGCAGCGGUUCGGGCUCUUCGUCUGGUUCGGGAUCUGGUUCCAGCUCAGGCUCGGGGUCAUGCAGCACCUCGUCCAGCUCUACUACCAACUGUCUGUCGUCCGAAAAGGUCUGCGGUGAUGCUUGUAUCCCCUCCUCUGCCACGUGCUGCACAUAUGGGAGCAGUUUGUACUCGUACUAUUGCUUGUCCACGGAGCGCUGCGUGUCAACCUCGUCUAGCAGUUUGUACAAGUGCUGCCCGUCCACCAGUUCAUCCUGCACAUCAACUUCGCCAAGCGCCAACUAUGCCACCGCCGGGACGUUGAGACGCGCAACAAAAACAUGUGCCUCUGAUGCUGCUCGUGCGGGGGUGAGUGCCUUUGCCAUCUUUUUGAUGAGCAGUGUCUUGACGGCUGGACUUGUCUUGGGGCGCAUCUAG